AUUGCUAUUUAAAUAUGACCGGCUCAUAGCUCGUAAGAUAUGGGAAACACAAUUGCAAACAGACUUUGCAUUUCCAUUUUAAGUUUGGCAGACACUGUGCAUUCGCUUAAACGAAGAUGCAAACGUUAAUGUGCGAUUUGCAUUUGCGUUUGGAUUAUGUCACAUUUUAUGCGUCCAUGAAUUGAAAACGCAAUUGCAUACAAUUUGCAAUUCCUUUUGAAUAAAGCCCGGAAUAUCAUUCCAUAGGCCUCGAUGAGAAUAGGUCAAGAAUCGCCAUUUCUAAUAAUAAUCCUGCAGUUGCGGAUUUCUAGGACCCUAUUUUUUUUUCAUAGACAGUAAAAGAAAUGGACACAGCAACCCCAUUGGAUUCAACUGAGAAAAAUGAAGUAAAUUAGGAGCAUGCACUUCCUGGGGGUCGGGCAUACUGCGCAGACUCAAACUGAGCUUGAUGACGUAGAUGUCACCUGAGCAACUUGUAAAUCUUCUAACAGCUGUGCCAAGAGAAAUCUGAAUCACCCACCAAAACUUGCAGAGAAGGCGAGCGUGAACAGGAGCACAUUUUGGUAAGUAUUUUGAUUAAUUAUCUCCCUUGACUUUAUGCGUCCACGUUCCCCCAAUACAGGGUUCCCGUGGGUCCUUAAAAAGUCUUAAAAUGUCUUAAAUUAAAAUCCGGGAAAUUAAGGUCUUAAAUUGUCUUAAAUUUACCGUAAAGUUGCUGUAGGUAUUAAAUUUUCAGCCGGUGUGCUUAAUGAUGAUAGGGAAGCACAGUGAUCCACCGCAAAACAUCUAAUAGUUGAUCAAUUUAGUAUGUGUGAAACAGGUGUGAAAUGACAGUCUCCGCGAUUUUAUUAGCUUAUUACGGUAGGUCGGCUUACAGACGCUGGCGUGGGUCUGCGCCUGCGUGCUGCCAUUAAUUGGUUGUCGAGGUGAGGUUCAAAAUGCAAAGAUGGGAAAGUGUAAAUUUAACGACAAUGUGUAAAUUCUGCAAAAAGACCUUUUUGUUAGGGACCAUGGGGCUCAAAGCCGUCGAGUCGCACAUGAAAGGAGGAAAGCACCAGCGGUACGUUGCAGCACCUAGUCAUAGCGGGUCCAGGUCAAUCCCUGCAUUGUUUGCAGCUCGACCUAACGAUGUUACUAGUUCAGACGCCACCUCACAGUCGGCUAUAACAAGUUUCAUUUCACCAACUGACACCCAAAAGGCAGAGGUACUGUGGGUUCUCCAUACUGUGACGAGGCACAAUUCAUUUAAAUCUAACGAGGACAUACGUGACAUCUCUGCUGCCAUGUUCCCCGAUUCGCAGCUUGCCAAGUCAUUCACCUGUGGUGAAAAUAAAACUGCAUAUGUCGCCAAAUAUGGCAUCGCUUCAUUCAUCAAGAAGGAGCUAUCGUGCAGCGUUAGUGAGAAGCCAUAUGUCGUCAUGUUUGACGAAAGUUUGAAUAAAACGACAAAGAACCAACAAAUGGACCUUCAUUUGCGAUUCUGGACUACUGAUGAUGAGACUGGCACACACUACGUCAUCUCCCGCUACUAUGGGUCGGUGUUCAUGAGUCACUCCAGAGCCGAGGACAUGUUGGGUCAUUUCAAUGAAGGUACAAAGGAGCUGAAUCUGAACAACAUGCUCUCACUAUCAAUGGAUGGGCCCGCUGUAAACUGGAAGUUUGUUGAAUUCUUACAAGAAGAACACAGAGAGCAGUGUGGUGGAGCCCAACUACAAAUAAUUGGGAGUUGUGGCAUUCACACGAUGCACAACUCAUUCAAGAACGGCUUCGCAGUGUGGCAAGUUGAGAAACUCCUGAAAGCCCUGCACUACCUGUUUCAUUGUGCUCCUGCAAGGAGAGAGGACUUUGUGGUAGUGACAAAGUGUGAUACAUUUCCUCUGCCAUUUUGCAUACAUCGAUGGCUGGAAAACCUUCCAGCAGUGGAGCGAGUCAUUGAAAUUUGGCCAUAUAUUGUCAACUAUGUGGAUCAGGUCAAAGCCAAGAAGCUCCCCAAUCCAAGGUCAUCAUCAUAUGAAAAAGGAAAAGACAAAACCGAUGAACAAGAGAAAAAGGGGUUGAAGAUGAGCUUGAAGAGCUACGCAAGAAAAGAAGAACAAUCUCAACUGUGUGUGAAACUCUAGAAAAGGAUGCAGAUGGCCUUGCAGAGAAGGCUGAGAAUACAGCAGGUACCAAGAUGGCAGAACUUAUCACUAAAUCUAAUUCCAUGAGAAAAAGAUGCAAGGAAAAGAGAAGAGAGUUGGUGGACCUAGACCAUGAAAUUGAGAAGAGAGCAGCAGAGCUACGGCACAUGUCUUGAGGAGAAUUUGGGAUGUUACAAAACAAAGGGUUUCUCUCAUUAAAAGUCAUGUAAUAACAUUUGUGUUUUCUAACAGUUAAGUAGAUUAUUUGUCAACUUUUUGGCUUGUGAAAGGCUGUUUUGAGGACUUUCAUUAUUGAGCUUAUUUUCAGUAUUCUAUUCUACAUGGUUCCUUCAUACAAGGCAUUGUGUUGUUUAGUGUAUUUCAACUUAUCUAUGUUACCUUCUCUCUGUUCUACAUCACAA